AACAAAACCGAGACAGACGCUCGGGCCAAACCCAGCAAAAAACCCACAAGGAACAAAAAAACAAACAAACAAAAGAAAGAAAAACAUGUCCGAACCGAAGUAUCGCGAAUGGAUCCUGGAGACCAUCGACUCGCUGCGCUCCCGAAAAGCGAGACCGGACCUUGAGCGGAUAUGUCGAAUGGUCCGAAGGAGACACGGGUCAGACCCGGACAGGACCCGCGUCGAGCUGGAAAAACUCAUCCAGGAGCAGACGGUGCUCAAAGUCAGCUACAAGGGCUCCAUCUCAUACCGGAACGCGGCGAAAGUGCAGCGGAAAAGCCGAAAGAAGAGCGAGCUGACGCCCGACCGCAGUAGCUUCAGCAGCGGCAGCAGCGAGUCUCUUGGAAGCGGCGAGCUGCACGCCAACAAGCACGCCACUUUCAACAACAACGGCGACAGUGCGCACAGCUUCACGGACCAAGAGGAGUUUGGCGAAAAGGAGCCCGACAGUGAGUCCACCAUCGCCGCCGCCGUCGGCCCGAACCUUGACCCACACGCCACGGCCCAAACCCAAGCCACACUCUCGGUGCCAGUCCCAGCCACGGUAACCGCGCUGGAACAGGAGGGAAUAAUAAGCGGCAGCAGUGAGACGCCUUCUUUGCCCCAGACGUCUAGCGGAAACAUUUGCCUCAGUUGUGGCGCAACGGACUGCACUACUGUCGGCGGUGCCUGUGUCUGUGGUGAAGGCGUGAAGGCAAGUGCGGCGAAAGACAAGAGAUUGAUAACAACGUCAACCACACCGACAUCGUCACUUCUUCAAACACAAGGUAACAACUGCAACUCGGAGAAAAAGGCGAAAAAGGAGGAGGGGAGCGAUGUGUGCGACAAUGUGCGCGAUGCUACUGCUGCUGCUGCUGCUACCUCUUCAAGUGAACACUACACCGCCAGCACCAGCAACUCGACAGAGCGAAGGGAGGAGACGCACUCGGACACAGACAAGGCAACGAAAACUUGCUCGAGUGCUUGUACAGCCAGCAGUAGCGGCAACGCUGGUGGUGUCAGUAGUAAUGUCGGUAACAAUAGCCUCGGCGACAGGAACAACAAGACCCAAUCGACGCUCAAACCCAAACCCCAGUCCCAACCCCGUGCCGCCGAACAACAGCGUGGUGGUGCGAGCGACAGUGAAGGAGGAGGGGACCAAGACCAAGCUAGCGCUGAUUUGGGUGACAGACUCGUGGAGUCGGUGAGAAGUCUCACCGAAAGGAGCACCAGCAGCAGUGCCACGGCACCACCACCAGCGCUCGGACUGAAGGAGAUACUGGGAUACCUCAGCACUCAGCAGCAGUCAUCCACGGGACUCACGGGUAACAUGGGCACGUAUCCUCCUAGCGAGAAACUCACCCGCAGUCGCGUGAAAGCCGUGCUGGACCGCGAGGUGGCCAGGGGUCGCCUCAGACGUACCCACCUUGGACACUUCGCACUGCCAACUGUCGCCCGUGACCGGGGGGGCACGGCCACGGGGGCGACCGUUAACGUUAACAAACCGUCAUCUGCGAGAGUUCUGAAGAGCGCGCUGCAGGAGCGCCAGCUUCUCGCGACCAAGAAGAAGGUGGAGAGGAAACGAGAGGCGGUGGAGCCCAUGGAGGUUGACAACACUAGUAACAAGAUGAAGAGAGCAGGAGGAGGAGGAGGAGGAGGAGGAGGAGGAAGAGAGGAAGAGGAGGGGAAGGAGACGGAGAGCAAGAACACCACCACCGCGAAGGCCCUCAGUGGAGAGAGGAAGCCGGCGACCGAGGCGGGACCAGCGGGGGUCAAAGGGUGUGCAGAGCCAAUGGGAGCCAAGGAUUUGGUUCCCCAGCCAAUGGGAGCACAGCAUUCCACAGCUGUCAACACCACUGCUACUGCUACGUCUACAGUCCCUCUCAACCACAGCUGCAACACAGAGGGCCCCAUCAGUGAUCAAGCAGUGAGGUCAGACGUGGGUCAGGAAGAUGAUGAGGACGAGAGGAUGGACACUUACGUCCACACACAGGACCCAGUCAUGGGAUCAGAUGGCCUCACAUCCUCCAAGAGCUGUUGUAAGAUGGAGGUGGGGGUGUCCUCUUGUCUGCUGACCCCCACAGCAUCACCCAGAGACCUGAGCUCCCAUGAAGAGAGAGGCAUGAACGGAGUGGGCUUUGUGAAGUUGGAGGGUGGUGGUAUGAGCCCGGCAGACUGGACGGUGACUGACGUGGUGGACUACUUCACCUCAGUGGGGUUUCCUGAACAGGCCCUGGCCUUUAAGACACAGGAAAUAGACGGCAAGUCCCUCCUCCUCAUGCAGCGCAACGACGUGCUGACGGGCCUGUCAAUCAGGCUUGGCCCCGCCCUCAAGAUCUACGAGAGGCACGUCAAGGUGCUGCAAAAAACACACUUCCAGGACGAGAGCACCUUCUGCUGAGAACUGACACACACACACACACACACACACACACACACACACACACACACACACACGGAUAGGCUUACACACACGCGCGCGCACACACACACGUGCACAUGCGCACACGCGCACACACGCACGCUCACACACACACGCACACGCACACACACACGUCCAGGACGAGAGCACCUUCUGCUGAGAGCUGACACUGACACACACACACACACACACACACACACACACACACACACACACACAC